AUGACACAGGAAUUUAUUGAUAAAGUGUCCGAAUACCUGACGCAAGAUAUAAAUAUUACGCCCAUCUCGCAGGGCGCAGAAGCCAUUGUUUUCUCAACGACCACUCACCCAUAUCUACCGGAAACAAAGGGCACUCACGAGAAGUAUAUUAUCAAGUACAGGCCGCCAAAACGUUACAGACACCCACAGAUAGACCAGGCGCUGACUAAGCACCGCACCUUGAACGAGUCACGUCUGCUGGCGAAAUUACACUUGAUUCCAGGAUUAUGUGUCCCUCAACUAAUAGCAUGCGACUCGUACAAUGGAUAUAUAUGGCUAGAGUUCCUCGGAGAAGAUCUUCCAGAAGGGUAUGGUUUCAGCAACUUGAAGAAUUUUCUGUGGAUGCACGACAAAGACCCAUACAGUGAUCUUGUGGCAGCUACGUUGCAUAAAGUGGGCCGCCAGAUUGGCUUACUGCAUUGGAAUGAUUACUGCCACGGCGAUUUGACAAGCUCCAAUAUUGUUCUUGUCAAAGAUGGUGCCGGAUGGAUGCCCCAUCUUAUUGAUUUCGGUCUGGGGUCUGUUUCGAACCUGGUCGAGGAUAAAGGGGUAGACUUAUACGUAUUGGAGAGAGCCAUCUUAAGUACGCAUUCCAAGCAUGCUGAAAGGUACAAUGCUUGGAUCAUGGAGGGAUUUGAAGCAGUCUACCUCGAACGAGGUGCGAAAGGUACCAAGAAACUGAAAGAAGUUAGUAAGAGAUUUCAAGAGGUCAGACUGCGUGGACGUAAAAGAAGUAUGCUUGGAUGA